GGGACAAAAAGCAGUGUUCCCAUUAGUUUUUGAAUAGAAGAAAAACGAGUUGAAUGGUGUUCGGUCUUCAGUUUCCAAUUUCCAAACCUAUUCUUUCCCAUGGAGAAGAAGACACAGAGCAGUAGAAGAAGCCAACCCAAAAGCUCGGCUCGCGCAAAGGUAUUUGGGACCAACACUCUUCAGCUAAGUGAGGACGAUGCCUCGCGAUUAGUCGGUGGAAUAGUUGAAAAAGGUAUCUCAGACGCCGACCAAAGCACGCCCUUUGUCUCACUUCCCCCUCCCACACCUUCCGUUUUGCCGUUUCCGGUCGCUCGGCAUCGGUCUCAUGGUCCGCAUUGGGAAUCAGUAACUGGUAAAAAGGGUGGGGAUAACAUCAAAGCUGAUCGGCAGGAGGAUGGGGAAGAAGAUGAAAGAUUGAUGGAGAUUGACUCUAUAGCAAAUUUUGCUAACCCAAUACAGAGGAAAAAGAAAAGUGGCUUAGACUUUGGCAGGUGGAGAGAGGCUGUCCCAGGCCACAAUCAUGGUGCAGCAAACAGAGAGGAAAAGAAAUUUCAAGGCUUAGUAAAAACUGGAAACCUAAUGCAUGUUGGGGAAGCAAAUAGCGGUAGAGAUAAUAUGUCAUGCAAGCCCUUAUCAGCCCAUGUGCGCCCUUCACAUAUGAAUAUUGAACAUAGUUCGUCAGACUUUGUAAAUGAUCCCACUGGAAACAAGACGAAUGAAGCUGGUUUUGAGUUUGUGAGGUCAAUGAAUGACGUAGAAUUUAAAGGGUUGGAUAAACAGCAUCUUCCAGAGAAUCUUCAAGAUGUUCGUGAUAAAUGGGGACAUAUUUCAGGGAGUGAAGUUAAUGAGGAUAUGCUGCUUGAUGGUUCUUCAUUGUGGGAUAUGGGUACGGGGUUCCAUCAUUUGAAUUCAGAAAUGACUCCUUGUUUUGGGUCCAAUAUUAAGGGAGAAGAUUCAUUCUCGACAAUGGAGAGCCAGAUUGAUGCAGAGAACUGUGCAAGGAUACAAAAAAUGUCACCAGAAGAGAUUGCUGAAGCACAGGCUGAGAUAAUGGAGAAGAUGAGCCCAGCACUAGUGGAAGCCCUGAAAACGAGGGGUGAGGGGAAAUUAAAGAAGGGGUCAUCAAAGGCAGGCGUGAGCAGCAAUUAUGAGUUGGGUAAUCUACAAAAAGAGAGUAUACUUGACAGAAAUGGCUCUCCCAAAAUAGGGACUGGUGUAACUUCUGUGAAGACAACCUUAAAAGAUACAAAGAGUGGGCUUCAGGAUGUUUCAGUGCAGAAAUUUGUUUCAGGUAGCAGUGUAUGGAAUGCAUGGAAUGAAAGGGUUGAAGCUGUAAGGUCGUUAAGGUUUUCCCUGGAAGGGAAUAUAGUUGAAAGCUAUUCUUUCCAACAGUCAGAGGAUGGUGAUUAUCCAGUUCAUGGGUACAGCGCUGAGAAUGUUGCUUCACGAGAUUUUCUUCGAACUGAGGGGGAUCCAAGUGCUGCAGGUUACACAAUUAAAGAAGCUGUGGCCCUGACGAGGAGUGUGAUACCAGGUCAACGUGUCCUUGGGUUGCAUGUCAUUUCAAAUGUGCUUGACAAGGCAUUGCUCAAUACACACCUAACACAAGUUGGGUCCACAAUGGUUAAAGAUAGUAGCUCUGUUGAUUACAAUGCAAUAUGGGCUUAUAUUCUUGGCCCUGAACCAGAGCUUGCUUUGUCACUGAGGAUGUGCCUGGACGAUAAUCAUAACUCUGUCGUUCUAGCUUGUGCUGAAGUUAUUCAGAGUGUAUUGAGCUGUACUUUGAACGAGACCUUCUUUGAUACCCUAGAGAAAACAUCAAUUUAUGAAAAGGAUAUAUACACAGCUGCUGUAUUCCGAAGUAAACCCGAGAUCAAUGUUGGGUUCCUCCAAGGUGGAUUUUGGAAGUAUAGUGCCAAACCUUCUAAUAUUCUUCCUUUUAGUGAAGAUUUUGAGAAUGUUCAAGAUGGAGAGAAACAUACAAUCCAGGAUGAUAUUGUGGUUGCACAACAAGAUAUUGCAGCAGGUCUGGUUAGAAUGGGAAUUCUUCCUAGGCUUCGCUAUCUUCUAGAGGCAGGUCCUUCAGUAGCUUUAGAAGAUUGCAUACUUUCAAUACUUGUUGCAAUAGCAAGGCAUUCCCCAACAUGUGCACGAGCAAUCAUGAAAUGUGAAAGGCUUGUAGAGUUGAUUACCCAGAGAUUUACAAUGAGUGACAAAAUAGACAUUCUUUCCUUAAAGAUAAAAUCCGUUGUCCUUUUGAAGGUUUUAGCUCGUUCAGACAGGAGUAACUGUCUUGCAUUUGUGAAAAGCGGAGCUUUUCAGACCAUUAUAUGGCAUUUGUAUCACUAUACUUCCUCCAUCGACCAUUGGAUCAAGUCAGGGAAGGAAAAAUGUAAACUUUCAUCAACUUUGAUGGUUGAACAAUUAAGGCUGUGGAAGGUUUGCAUUCAGUAUGGAUAUUGUGUAUCUUACUUUUCUGAUGUUUUCCCUGCCUUGUGUAUAUGGUUGAACCCACCAAAUUUUGAAAAACUUAUAGAGAAUAAUGUCCUGCGUGAAUUUACAACCAUUUCUACGGAGGCAUACCAUGUUUUGGAGGCUUUGGCAAGAAGACUUCCUAAUUUCUUUUCAGAGAAACAUUUAGACAGUCAAGAACCCGGACUUGCUGUUAAUGAAUCUGAAGUUUGGUCCUGGAGUUGUGCUGUUCCAAUGGUUGAUUUAGCUAUAAAAUGGUUAGAGACAAAGAGUGAUCCAUUCAUAUUUAAAUUCUUUGAGUCACAAAAAGGGAUUAGGAAUGACAUUUUGUUUGAAGGUAUGUCACUGGCGCCAUUGUUGUGGGUUUAUUCAGCUGUCAUGAAGAUGCUGUCUCAAGUAGUUCAAAGGAUCAUCCCGCAGGAUAUUAUGUCCCGGGAAGGAAGUGAUCAGAUUGUGCCUUGGAUACCAGAGUUUAUACCACAAGUUGGACUUGAGAUAAUUAAGAAUGGCUUCCUGAGCUUUGCAGAUGGAUCUGAUAUGAAAUCCUAUCCCUCUGGAGGUAACUCUUUUGUAGAGGAUCUUUGUUUUUUAAGAGAACGUGGUGAAUUUGAAACGUCUCUGGCUUCUGUAUGUUGCCUUCAUGGGUUGAUGCUGAGUAUUGUGAAUAUCGAUUGUCUGAUCCAGUUAGCCAAGUCUGAGAACCAGGAUUAUCCUCCCAAAGAUUAUAAUUCCUCAAGGGAAGGGGAAAUUUUAGGGGUUGGGAUGUUUAAGACGUCCCUCAUCGAACAGAGAAGCAUGCUUGACCAUUUUACUAAGAAAAUUGUUUUGGAAUGUGACUCUCUGCAGUUAAUAGAGACCUUUGGCAGAGGGGGCCCUGCACCUGGGGUAGGAAUUGGUUGGGGCGUGUCUGGUGGUGGAUAUUGGUCCCCUGCUGUUUUAUUAGCACAAAACGAUGCAGCAUUUCUCAUGUCACUAAUCGAUGCAUUUCAGACCAUUCCAACUUUGAAUAUUCUGACUGUUCAGGAAUCCUUGACUGUGCAAAGCAUAAAUUCUGCCUUGGCUGUAUGCUUGGUUCUUGGGCCAAGAGAUAUAGGUUUGGUCGAGAAAACUGUGGAAUUUUUGAUCCAGGCUCCUAUUUUGCAAAAUUUCAAUCUUUAUAUUCAGAGUUUUCUCCAACUCAAUGAAAAAGUGAAGCAAUUUGGCUGGCAGUACAGUGAAGAUGACUGCUUGAUCUUUUGUAGAACAUUAAGUUCUCACUACAAGGAUAGGUGGUUAACUCCAAAGGGAUCCAAAUCCAUGAAGAAUAAGAGCAACUGUAGUGACAAAACAUUUAAGAAUGGCAGAGUUUCUUUGGGUACAAUAUACGAGGAGGCAGAUGAGACAAAUAGAAUGGCCGAAGGCUAUACUUGUUUGAUAGUACAAUGGGCUUACCAAAGACUUCCACUUCCCGGCCAUUGGUUUUUCAGUCCAGUCUCAACUAUCUGUGAUAGUAAGCAUGCUGGUCUUCAAAAAUCUAAUGCGCAAAGUAUCAUGCAGGAAUCUAGUGAUUUGCUUGAAACAGCUAAGAGUGGGCUCUUCUUUAUUUUAGGUGUGGAAGCAUUUUCCACCUUUCUACCUGAUGGUCUCCCUUCACCUGUCCUGAGUGUGCCAUUGAUUUGGAAAUUGCAUUCAUUAUCUGUUGUUUUACUCACUGGUAUGGGAGUCUUGGAUGAUGAGAAGAGUAGGGAUGUUUAUGAGGUUUUGCAAGACCUCUAUGGUCAGCGUCUUAAUGAAGCUAGGUCUUGUAGACUUCCUGUACACGUCAUGGAGAAGGAUGCAAAACAUUUACCAUCACAACCGGAAAAUAAGAGCAAUAUAGAGUUCCUAAUGUUUCAAUCCCAGAUCCAUGAUAGUUACUCAACAUUUAUUGACACGUUAGUGGAGCAGUUCUCCGCUAUAUCCUAUGGUGAUGUACUAUAUGGACGGCAGAUUGUACUAUAUCUUCACCAAUGCGUUGAAUCUCCAACACGUCUUGCUGCCUGGAAUGCACUAAAUAGUGCUCGCGUUUUUGAACUUCUUCCACCACUUGAAAAGUGCUUUGCUGACGCGGAAGGGUAUCUGCAACCGAUUGAGAACAAUGAAGCCAUUUUGGAAGCUUAUGUGAAGUCAUGGGUUUCAGGUGCCCUUGACAGAUCAGCAAGUCGGGGUUCAGUGGCUUAUUUACUAGCUCUGCACCACCUCUCAUCCUACAUAUUCCAUUCUUACCCUGUUGACAACUUGUUGCUUCGGAACAAGCUCUCGAGGUCUCUUUUGCGAGACUACUCCCAAAAGCAUCACCACAAGGAAAUGAUGUUGGAUCUUAUCAUAUACACUGGACCAUCAACGUACCGUAUUACUGGACAAAAUGGUGUUAGUACGUCAAUUGGAGCGAGCGCCGUAGAAAAGAGGCUCGAGAUGUUGAAGGAAGCUUGUGAAAGGAAUUCCUCUCUUUUGACAGUAGUUGAGGAGGUCGGUUCUGCUGCAAAAGACAAACUGUCUGCAAUGUGAAGUUUUGCAAAUAAUAUGUAGAGAAGUGAAGACUGUGAUGGAAAUUCUAGGUAAUGGAGGAUUGCAGGGGAUAGUAUAUUUUCACCCUCUACCCUUUCUCAAACUUCAACUACGGGCAGCAUGCAAUUUAGAUCCUUUAAUAGAAAAGUUAAGAGGUUUGUACAUGAAUUUUGUGCAGUUUAAACUGAAAUACAAGAAAAGAAAUCAUAUCUUUAACAAUGGUCAGCAAGAGCCUUAACUCUUAACUAGAACAGUAGUCAUUACUUAAUUUUGGUAUUGACAUGCAAGUUUAUUUGAUCAAGAAUUUGUAACACGAUGAAAGGCAUAUAAAUGAUCUGGAUUAAAUUAUAA